AUGGAAAACUUGAAUAAAAAAAUAAUUGAAAUCAAGCAAACUACAAAAAUAUACCACAGCAAAAGAGUUUUGAACAAGGUUACUUUUUCAGUCCGGCAAGGAACUAUCCAUGGUUUUAUUGGUCCCAACGGAGCCGGUAAGUCAACUACUCUUAAUAUAUCAACCCGACUAGUUUUGCCUAAUGGAGGCGAGCAAUAUAUUGAUUUUAAAUCAGUCAGAAAUAAUCCCAAUUUUAAUCAACGGUUAGGCUAUGUUACGGCUGAGCCAAAAUUUCCUAAUUUAACUGUUGAAACCCACGUUCUCGAUUGUGGUUAUUUGAGAGGUAUUUCAGAAGAGAAAGUUUUGCAAAAACUGACUAAUUCACCACUCAACCAAUUUCGUUAUCAAAAUUGUCUCUCUCUCUCAACUGGGUGGAAAAAAAUUCUCCAAUUUUUCAUUUUAAGUCUUUACCAACCAAAAAUAUACUUAAUGGAUGAACCCUUUAAUGGUUUAGAUCCUAGUUUUCGCCAUGAACUUUUUAAUGAAUUAGAGCGAAUUGCUAAAAAGGGUGGCACUAUUUUGAUAUCAACUCAUAUUCUUUCUGACUUACAAAAAUUUGCUGAUAACGAGGAACUAGAAUUCGAUAUGACUAUGAUUAAAAAUGGAGAAAUUGUUUAUACUGGAACAAAAACUGCUGAUAUCGAAAAAACUUAUGAAAAAUACUUUAUCGAAAAGAAAAGAGGAUUAUUUGAACUCUAA